AGGAUGGUCACAUGGUACCACAUUGGACUGAAUGGGUUAACAGAAGCUAACGCUUUUGUUCAAUACGGAGAAAGUGGCGAGACAUUUCUAAUAUUUAACUGGGGAACACAGCUACCGAAGAAAAUCCUCAGCAUAAGGACGGACUAUUUUGUUUUAAGUGUUGAGAGGCCUCACGAUCCACCAGCACCAUGAGCUGGAGCUUCCUGACGCGCCUGCUGGAGGAGAUCUCCAACCACUCCACCUUUGUGGGAAAGGUGUGGCUCACCAUGCUCAUCGUCUUCCGGAUCGUGCUGACGGUGGUGGGUGGGGAGUCCAUCUACUACGAUGAACAGAGCAAGUUUGUGUGCAACACGCAACAGCCCGGGUGUGAGAACGUGUGCUACGACGCCUUUGCACCGCUCUCGCACGUGCGAUUCUGGAUCUUCCAGAUCAUCUCCAUCAGCACGCCCACCAUAAUGUACCUGGGAUUCGCCAUGCACCGCAUCGCCCGAAUGGGUGACGGCGAGUACCAGCCACGGCCGCGCAAGCGCAUGCCCAUGGUCCACCGGGGGGCUGCGCGUGACUACGAGGAGGCAGAGGACAACGGCGAGGAGGACCCCAUGAUCAACGAGGAGAUCGAGCUUGAGAAGGACAAGGACAAAGAGACCGAGAAGCCCUGCAAGAAGCACGACGGACGCAGGCGGAUUAAGAGGGACGGCCUGAUGAAGGUGUACGUGAUGCAGCUCCUGUUUCGCACCGGCUUGGAAGUGGCCUUCCUGUUCGGCCAGUACAUCCUGUACGGCCUGGAGGUGAUCCCGUCCUACGUGUGCACCCGCAGCCCCUGCCCACACACAGUCGACUGCUUCGUGUCGCGACCCACCGAGAAGACCAUCUUCCUGCUCAUCAUGUACGGCGUCAGCUGCCUCUGUCUGCUGCUCACCGUGCUGGAAAUCCUACACCUGGGCAUCAGCGGGCUCCGCGAUGCCUUCCGCCAGCGCUCGGCGUCCCACAACCGCAGCCAAGUAGCCAUGUCCAGCCAGCGGCCCUCCAUCUGCCGGCAGGUGCCCACUGCUCCGCCAGGCUACCACACAGCCGUCAAGAAGGAUGGCGGAAAGCUGCCCGCCGGCAUGAAGCCAUCUGACUUCCGCGAUAACUUGGUCGACUCGGGCCGGGAGUCGUUUGAUAACGAGACAUCGUCCCGAGAGCUGGACCGGCUGCGUCGGCACUUGAAGCUGGCCCAGCAGCACCUGGACCUGGCCUACCAGAAUGGAGAGAGCAGCCCGUCGCGGAGCAGCAGCCCGGAGUCUAACGGCACGGCCGUGGAACAGAAUCGACUCAACUUUGCUCAAGAGAAACAGGGAGGAACCUGUGAAAAAGGAAUCAGAGCCUGAACUCCUCAAAGUCUUCCUCACCGUCUGCCCAAACGACCCCCGCGGAGAAGGAGCGUGGACAUAAACACAUUCUGAGGGGACGUUUGUGUGGGUGUGAAUGUGUCUGAGUGAUAAAAACUGUGUGUGUGUGUGUGUGUGUGUGCGCGCGCACUGGUGGAGAGACUAUGCUCACAGUAUUAUGGCAAGUGAAGACGAAGGAAACAUGCCAAACCCUGGAAAGCAACAUUGCCCAGCAGCCAUACUUGAGAGCCAGUACGCCUGACUAGCCAAAGUGCCCAAGAGCCGAUGGUAGAGGAGCUGCUUUCAAUACCUAAGUCUCAUCCAGAAGGCCACUGUGCAGUACUUUAGACUUUUUUUAAGUGUCGUAGUAAUUGAUAGGCAGUUUUUUUUUUUUACCUCUCUUCUGGUGAAGUACUGAGGUUUGCAUCUCAAAAUGCCUUAAACUUUAACUGGAGUUUACAUUUUUUUUGUCAUUCCAAAAGAAAAGCGAAAAGGCUGGGCUUGGGUAGAGCCACAUGGUCAUUCAAGUAUGUGUAUGUCAUAGGACUAAAGGUCAUUUGUGUUUAGUCUAGAGAACCAUAGUGAGUAUAUGCUUAUUAGCUGUGAUCUGGUACCAAACGUGGCUUUUCUUAAGUGGAUGGUGACUCUCUCUCCCACUCCCACUCCCCUCUGUAAGGAAGAACAGAUGCCUGGUGGUUCAGUCCAACAGGGAACGGCAUCCUGGGAUGUACAUAAGAGCAUCUUUUUUUUUUAAACCUUGUUAAAAGGUCAGUGACCAUGGCCUUUGUUACAUCUUAUGUAAGGAAGCCACGUUUUGGUGCCUUUGUCCAAAAUGAAUGAAUCAAAAAAACCUGGGAAAUGCUUGAAAUACAUGUGAAUCUUAAAUGUUUAACUGAAGUUUCUGAGAUGUUCGUGACCUAUUUCUUAUCUUUUGUACGAUUUUCUUUCCCUUUUUUUGUAUAUGAGGAGCAUAUCUGUGGACUGUAUCCCAAAAAGCUUUUGAUAGGUUAGUAGUCAGGAGUCUGCUCUGACAUUCGUUUUCUUUUUGUGAGUUUUCCCUAUUUCAGAACAGUCUUUCAUCUUAUGAUGUUCACAUGUGCCAGUUAUGCCCAGGGGUUUGGUGUGAUGCAGCUGCCUGUCUUGUAAAUUCAAAGCACUAGGAAGACUACAAGGGGAGCAAGCCAUAUGCCUGGUGUAUUGACUUCCUUGGUCAUUUUGUAUGUAUACCUGAUUUAUUAAGUGUUUCUAUGCAACACCAUUAUAAAAUAAAAUGUGCUCCAUCUUAAAUAUCGGUACUUGACCUGCGGCAAUAUACAUUUUGUAUCUGGCAACAGCAAAGCUUGACACAAUAUGACUGGGGCAA